CUUGCUUCUGUGCGCAUACGUCACAAUCUUGUCAUCGUAAACGAUAAAUGAAACAAGACACCGCUUCCUGGUCCAGUCAGUUUGAGACUUCGAGAAUCAGAUGAGUUCACAACCCUAAAGCAAGCUGCUCGCAAAUUGAUAUGCCACUGGAUUUAGGGAAGGAGUUUAAGCAGAAAGGAGCAAUGUCAAGUGAAACGAGAUCUGAAGAGGCCGUUGGCUCCUCAAGAGUCAUUAAGAGUGUUUUCUUUGCCCUCCUCUUGGACUUACUGGGAUUCACCCUGAUCCUACCUCUCCUCCCAUCUAUACUGGACCACUAUGGCCAAACAGAGGACGGUGUCUAUCAGUCACUUCAGAGCAUUGUGGACUGGUUCAGGGAAGCUGUCGGAGUUCCGAUGGAAACUAAAUACAACAGUGUCCUCUUUGGAGGUCUGAUUGGAUCACUCUUCUCUCUGCUGCAGUUCGUGUCGUCCCCUUUAACUGGGGCUGCAUCGGAUCAUUACGGCAGAAAACCGCUACUCAUUCUUACCACAUUGGGAUUGAUGUCUUCCUAUGCAGUCUGGGCAGUUUCCCGUAGUUUCAGCAUGUUCCUUUUGUCUCGGGUGAUUGGGGGUAUUUGCAAGGGUAAUGUGAGCCUCUGCACUGCCAUGAUUGCUGACCUUCCUUGCCCGAAGGCACGAAACAAGGGAAUGAUGAUGGUUGGAAUUGCCUUCUCUUUGGGAUUCACGGUAGGCCCACUGAUGGGGGCCUACUUUGCCAUUAACUCCAGUAAGGAGGAGGUAUUCUACCAUGGCCCAGCUGUACUGGCCCUGGUCUUCAGUGCUGCUGACCUACUCUUCAUCAUUGUUAUGCUGCCAGAGACCCUGCCAGAGCAGAACAAGACCCAGGUUUCCUCAGUGACCUCUGGGAUCCAGGAAUCAGGAGAUCUUCUCAACCCAGUGGCUCUGUUCCAUUUCUCUGCCCUCACAAGGACAGAGGACCCACCCUCUAAAGAGAAAAUGCAGAAUCUGAAAGUGUUGGGCCUCAUUUACUUCACAUAUCUCUUCCUCUUCUCUGGUCUUGAGUUUACAUUGAGUUUCCUCACCCAUCAACGGUUCCAGUUUACAAGCAUGCAGCAGGGUAAGAUGUUCUUCUUCAUGGGUAUCACCAUGGCACUGAUCCAAGGAGGAUAUGCCCGUAGGAUCAAACCAGGGCAUCACAUCAGGACUGUUCGUCUGGCAAUCAUAUUACUGAUUCCAGCAUUUGCUCUCAUUGGACUGGCAUGGAAUUUGAAGAUGGUUUACAUAGGUUUGAUUUUAUACUCAUUUGCUGCUGCCAUUGUUGUCCCUUGUUUGACAACGCUGGUUUCAGAUCAUGGUUCAGCCAAUCAGAAGGGCACAGUGAUGGGAAUCCUACGUAGUUUAGGAGCCCUGGCUCGAGCACUGGGCCCCAUAGUGGCAUCCUCAGUUUACUGGAUUGCUGGAGCAGAGACCUGCUUCAUUAUCAGCUCAACUUCUUUCAUCAUACCUCUGGUUUUACUGAGAAGACUGGGAGGGCUCAAACAAGAGUGAAGAGGGUGCUAACAAGCCUUAACACAGGAGCGUUAAAGGGUUCCACCACGACAGACUGUUUCAGAGAUACUCCAGACAGCUUUGAUAUGGUUUUGUUCAUUGUUAUUUCAUUUGUUUACAUUUGCUUGGAAUGCAAGCUAUGAGACAAUAAGUACAUAUAUCAUUUACAAAUUGUGGUAAUAUUUUUACAUUUUUUUAUAAGUAGUCCAUGUAUUUUCUUCUCUCUAACCACAAAGCCUUGGCAAAAGAUACCGUUACGCUUGUCUACACUGAGCUGCACUGAGGUAGAAUUGCAAUCACCCUUUUCCUCCUCAUACUAGCCAGCAGUAGCCACCGCAGCCAUUAUCGUAAAACUAGCAGUAUUUCAAUCUUCUCGAUGGAGCAGUGUUGAUAAAGGUAGGAUUUGGAGAACAGUCACAUAUCCCAUCCCUGCAUUGAGGUACGUUUUCCGACCACAUCUCGCGCUGGCUCCACUGUGUCUUAAUGUAACCAUGAUUGCGUUCCGACCUCAGUGCAGCUCGGUGUAAACAAGCCUUGCCAUGUAAAAUUGGCUUUGUAUUUUGGUUUCUGAUGUUAUACCGUUGAAGUAUGUCAUAUCCAGAUUUUUAAAAAGAAAGAAAAUAUUCUCUCAACGUAACAAAGUAUCUUGUAGAAAUUAAAUGACAGCAUCCAAAAUACAUUCAAUUAUGACAUUUAGGACUAGCUCAUACAUUAAAAGGUAGAGCCUGAUUGUAUCUGUUGACUUUUGCAUAUGCUAAUGUUUCUGUCAGAGCUCUGUAAUAGAACUCUAUAAUCAGACAUGAUUUGUUAUAAUACUAUGCUUGAUAUUGUUGAGUAACACUAUGGGAGUAUAUUUGAGGUACUAUUUGUUUAUUACUUAAGAAGAGUAAAUCAAUGAGCUGUUACAAUUAAAACAUAACAUUAUUUUUAAAUCAAUUUAAUGUAGUAUCAGUAUUGAGAUUAUUCAAAAUAUCUUAAUCUAUAUUAAAAAAGCUCUGAGUUUGUGUGA